GCAAUGCCCUAUGUUGUGGAGUGGACGGAGGAGCAUGGUUCCGAACAUGCGAUAAGUUCACCAAAUUCUCACUUUCCUAAUAAUUCUCACGGUGGAUACUAAGCUGUUUGAUCAAAUGAUGUUUCUAAAUCAAGUCGUCUCAAUACUACGUAGACCUCUAAAGCCGUGCAAUCAUGCGCGACCAGACUUGAUCACUGUGAAAUCUUUUGCCGCAAACUUCGUGUCCAGGGAACUGUUCCGGGGACAUAAGCUUUGCGCAAACGACUUUGCAAGAAGUAGUCAUCGUUGCAUCGUGCCAAAAGAACUCUGGCAGACUCUAGUCUUUGAGUUGAACGAGAGACUCGCACUUCUCGGCGAGAUUUUAGCGAAGCAAUGCAACUUUUACGUCGCACAUCGCUUGCGCAGAGCGAAUCAGAUUUGGAACCUCUACAGCCGGCUGUAUGCGGAAAAGACCUUAAUAAGAUUGGUAUCAAAAUUUGUGGAAAGACUGAGGAAUAAGCCUCAGAGAUCGCUGGGGCUUCUUUUGAGUGCAGCCGUUUACAAAUGGGAGCAGGAGAGAAUAUCAGACAACGAGAUGAGGAGGUGUAUCGAUGAAUUUGAGAUCCUGUCCCAGAAGUGCGGCAACAACAACAACGGCAACUGCAGCGAACCGACGUUGCAUCCGGAGGCCUUCAAAGCCCACCUGGCCCAAGAGGGAUGGGAGCCGGUCGUGGAAAACAGCAAAAUGUUCCUGUGGAGACGCUGGAUGCCGGAAACAUCGGGUUAUGAGUACAAAGUCUUUGGGACUUUCUACGACAUCCCGGCACGAGCCUUCUUCAGCGUUCAGACUGAUACGGAGUACCGCAAACGCUGGGACAGCCUCGUCAUCAAGCUCGACAUCAUUGACAGGGAAGCCAAAGGUGGAUGCGAGAUUGUGCAUUGGGUCAUGCACUACCCCUUCCCAAUGUACAAGCGCGACUACGUGUACAUCCGUCGGGCUCUCGUGGACAGAGAACGCAACGUCAUGGUGCUGAUGUCACGGUCGACAAACCACCCGGCAUGCCCACCCGUGGACAAGUGUGUUCGUAUCACAAAGUACACGUCACACAUGGUUAUUCGCCCACAUCAUGGCAUUGAAGAGGAUGGAUUUGAUUUCCUGCUGUCCUACUACGACGAUCCAGAGUCUUCCUUUCCUGGGCCCAUCUACAGUUGGAUGGCUGCCUCGGGCGUUCCAGACUUCCUCGAGAAGCUUCACGGCGCUGCUCGUGACCUGCACCAUAAAAGCAAGGCCCCCGCGCCUGUGCCGACGGGAACCCACGUGCAGUGCGCGGCCUAUGCCUGAAGUGGCGUUGCUCGGAGGACACAUAGUGGAAUUGAUUAUAGCGACAGCCAAAUGAGUUUACGCGUUCCUAAUCUCCUCUAUAACGGAGUUCUAGGGAGUAAAAGACAUUUUAUCUUGCCCGAGUGACGGAAAGGAGGCAUUGCGAUUUCUCUGAUCGUAGUCCACUAGGCAUUGCAGUCAUGUGUAUCUAGUAUGUGGGCCCUAGUUCACUCCGAUGCCACGAGAGGGCAGAAGGGUAUUGGUGGUGUGUAGAUAGUGCGAAAGAGUGGCGAAAGCGACAUUUCACAGCUCAACUCAGCUACAUGACAGAUUUUGAAAUACUACCGCAUUUAUGUGUGCAGUUUGAAGAGUGAUGCCCGCUAUCGGUGUAGGCAACAGAUAUGUUCGGCGUAUUUUCUCAGUUAUAAAACAUACACUUUCUUUCUUGCCACUGGCGCCGAAAUCAGAACUGUGCUUCAUAAUCUCCAAAUUUGGAAUGUCACGUGCACAUAAAUGCGGUACCAGUUGUGUGUGAUCUGUUCAUUUUUUUAGGUAAAAAUACGUGCUGUGGCGUUCAGACAUGUUGAAACCUGUAGUUGUUCCUUUGAUGGCAUUUAGUUGGGUCAAAAACAUCUUGAAUGCAGAAUAAUGGAGUUCUGUUAUCUCUCAAAGCGAUAUAACCUGUUAUCAUUGUCACUCAUAUGAUGCAUGAGAUGACUUGUGACUUAGAAAUGUGUACCUUGCCUUUUUUCAAGAUCUGAUUAGCUGAUAAGAAAGGUUGCCUUUCAUUUAACCUCUUGUACUCACAAGCAUAAUAAUAUUCAAGAUGUGCUGUA